AUGCUUGGAGCAAGUACCAGAGGUCUUGAAUGCAAAGAGACAGGAAACUUCUGUCCGACUGAAUGGGACCAACAUGGGAAACGAGCCUGCGCUGGAUGUGGAAAUUGGCUGCUGUACCCACUCAGCUCCAUCUCUGCAAGGAACAGGAAACAGCGGAGCCGGUGGAACAGGAGAGACGGGGGGGAGUUCAACACGAGGAGAUUGUGGAAGCUCCUUUGGCUUUGGCACAGCGAGAGAGGACAGACAAGAAAAUCAUCAGCCAACUCAGACGAAGCGCAGAAAGCACCUCGACACCAGCUUCAAUCCUUCACAGAGACAGCGCCGGGAGCAGGGCUGCAAUUUCCCAAGAUGACAGAAAUGCAGGACCAAUAG